AUGCUUUCUCGUGGACCAAAUGCACUUCAUAAGAGAGGGAAGAUUAGAAUACCUACUAAACAGGGUUUCACAGUGGAGAAUUAUGACGCUGCAUUGGAAAUAAUUGAUGAUGCUUUUGAGAAGAUCUACGCUAAUAACACAGAAGAAAUAUCCUUCGAGAAGACAUACCAUGUUGUUUAUAAUUUGGUAAUUUAUAAACGGUCGGAUGAUUUGUACAAUCACUUAAAGGAGCUCUUUACUUCCAAAUUAACCGAGCUGAAAGAUAGUCAAUUCAGUGACCUGAAUCAAGAUUGGGAGAUAUUACAGAAAGUGGCAGAAUUUUGGAAAAUUCAGAGGGAAAACUUCAAUUUAGUUGCAGAUUUAAUGAUUUAUUUGGACAGAGUGUACUGCAAGAGCAACAGGUUACCAGAAAUUGUAGAUUUAGCUUUGCACGUCUUUAGAGACAUUAUACUCCAUCCGUUGAAAGAAGACGUUAAUAAAGCGAUAUCUGUGACGAUAAAUCAAGUACGUCAGACGCCAUCUUAUGGUAAUAGCAAGUUUGAAGUUCUGAAGGAGUUAAUAUCGAUGUUAGAAACUAUCUCAGAUAAAGAUGAUACUUUUUUUGAAACAUAUUUCGAAGAUUAUUUCAUCAAUGAGACAAAGAAUUAUUAUGAUAAUACAAUCAGCGCAAUAAAUCUUCCAGCACCAGACUUAUUCGCAAAGAUCAAGGACCUCAUUGCUUCCGAAUACUCCUUAGAUUUGAAUUUCUUAAAUCCUGACACUUGUACUAAGAUAAAGACGUCCAUUGAAGAAUUUUUGAUAUCAGAAAAAUUCGAUGUUAUAUUUGUUCCAUUAAUCGAGACAACUUUAAAAUCAUGCAAUAAACAGCUGUUAUUCGAAGUGUAUAGUCUAAUUAAUGAGACUUCAUACAGAUCCAGACUUUUGGAAAUUAUGGAUACUAUCGUGUUCAAUACAAUACGAGGGAUCAAAAUAGAAGAGUCAUCUAAAAAGCGCGUACAGGUUGCCUCUGAGUGGGUUUCUCAAGUUAUCGACUUCUAUUUAAAAUAUCAAGAUUUAAUUGAUUUUGUCCAGAUUGAAGAUAACGAAAAUGUAGAUAACGAUGACGCUGCGAAUGAGAGCGAUUUGCCCUCUAGGUUACCUUCUUCACAUUUCUUAGAUACGAUAUUUUCAAGAUACAUCAACACCAACAAGAACCAAGCGAUACAAUUCAUAUGUUUUUACCUCGAUUCAUAUCUUAGAAUGACACAGAAUAAAGAAGACUUAGAGAAAGCCAAGAAUAAUUUGCAAGACUGUACAAAAUUGUUCAAACUGUUGAGAGAAAAGGAUGCAUUUGAAAAUACAUAUACACAAUUGCUUUCAAAGAGAUUAAUACAACAGAGGUCAGCAUUACACAUGGAAAGAUUUAUGGUGAAACAAAUAAAGGAUAAUAUGGGAUCUUUUUUCACCUCAAAGAUGGAGGGAAUGCUUAGAGAUAUGUCUACCUCAAUUGUCUUAUCGAAGAGCUUUUACAAGAACUUUGUUAAUGAUAAAGAAAAGAUAGAAUUCGUACCACAGGUGUUGACAAUGACAUCAUGGCCAUUUGAAAAUAUUAAUGAAUUAAUAGAUGAGAAUGAUGUCAUUUUACCACCGCGCUUAGAAGAAUUGAAACAAAAUUUCGAGGUUACGUACUCAAAGAAAUACGGUGAAAGAGUUUUAAAAUGGGCACACACUUUGGGCUUAGUAGAGAUCGGGUUUCAAUUUGAUAAGACAUAUCAUGAACUAGUGAUGUCAACUCAUGCUGCAGCUAUCUUCCUCAUGUUCGAAGACAGCGAUGAAGUAACACUAGACAUGUUGCACGAAAAGACAGGAAUAGCAGAACAAGAAUUGAAACGCCAUUUAUUAUCAAUGGUACUUGCACCAAGAUCGAAAAUUCUCAGGAAAGUCCCCAAUACUAGAACCAUAAGUCCAAUAGAUAGAUUUUACAUUAACUACAACUUCACAGCUCCAGUUAGAAAAAUCAAGGUACAGGUUGUAAGUGGGAAUAUCCUGUCCUCCCGGGACUCUAAUACUGCUCAGACUCCCAACAAUAGCAUAAAUAGCAACGAAGCAUUAGAAAGACAAAGAAAUGUUCAAACAAAUGCGGUACUCGUGAGAAUAAUGAAAUCAAAGAGAACCUCAUCAUUUGAAGAGUUGCAAGACGCUGCCACCAAUGCACUGGCAAGUAAGUUUACUCUUCCAGAAAGUACUCUCAAGAGAAGCCUCAACUAUUUGAUAGAGAAGGAGUACAUCCAACGAGACUCAGACGACAACAAUACAUAUCACUACAUUCCUUAG